AUGGUUCUCUACGACAACUCGCGCUACCUGGCCUUCUGCGUCAUCGUCCUACUCACGUCCAGCUUCGUUUCUCUGAUCUUGCGCGUCUAUGUGAGGCUCGCAAAAAGUCCAUGGGGAUGGGACGAUACAAUCGCGAUGGUGGCUUCGGUCCCAUUCGCGUGGCUCUGUUCCGAAACUCUCAUUGCAGCCAACAACGGACUCGGUGCUCAUGAAGAGCACAUCACGCCGGCCAUGUCGAUGCAAGCUUACAAGGCUUUCGUGCUUUUCCAACUCGCUUACUGCACGUCAAUUGUACUCAUCAAGCUGAGCAUCGCCUUUACCUUUGGACGAAUCAUUACCCACCAAAAAGGUAUCUUAUGGACUCUGCGGAUCACAGUCGGAACUUUCAUGGCCGUUACUACGUCCGUGGCCAUCUACUGCGCGUGUCAAUGCCAACCCAUAGCUAAGAGCUGGAACCCUGCGAUUGAGGGGCAUUGUCAACCGUCCAAUAUUCUCGCGUCUCUCAGCAUGACCGUUACCGUCUGCAGCAUCGUCAGCGACAUCGUUAUCGCCAUUCUUCCGAUUCCGCUCCUCUGGAAUGUUCAGAUCAACCGAUCUGCAAAGUUUGCUGCCUGCUUCCUGCUGUCGCUCGGCUUGUUCGCGUGCGUUUGCGCUUGUGUUCGCCUUGGAUACACCCUGGCGUUGACUUCGACCGAAGAUUAUCUGUUCCAAGUAUACGGCGUAACAGUCUGGUGUUUUGCCGAGGUUGGCGUCGCAUUGACAGUUGGCUGCCUAAGUACCCUCCGCCCACUCUGCGUCUCAUGCCUGGGAAGCAGCUUCAAGAGCAGCCGCGGAACUUCGGAUUACGCGAAGGGCAAUUCGAAUUACGCGAGGGGAACGUACGAGCUGAGGAGCAACAAGGACGGCCUCAUCCACUCGACCGUCCAAGCAGGCGAGGUCACGACCGCCACGAGCGAUAGGGCUGGCAGCUACACCGAUAACGACAGCGACCGCGGCAUCCUUGGCUCCGACGAGAUUCGCGUCACCAAAGCUUACCACGUGAGCAGCACCUCGGCUGUGUAG